GUCAGUGUCAGCAUGGCCGGGGGCUCGGUGUCUGAGUGCAGGGAGUACCUCUUCAAAGUGCUGGUGAUCGGGGAGCUGGGCGUCGGGAAGACCAGCAUCAUCAAGCGCUACGUGCACCAGCUCUUCUCGCAGCACUACAGGGCCACGAUCGGGGUCGACUUCGCCCUGAAAGUCAUCAACUGGGACAGCAAGACCCUGGUGCGGCUACAGCUGUGGGACAUCGCAGGUCAGGAACGAUUUGGGAACAUGACGCGGGUGUACUACAAAGAGGCCGUGGGGGCGUUCGUGGUUUUCGACGUGACGCGGGGCUCCACCUUUGAAGCCGUGUCCAAGUGGAAGCACGACCUGGACAGCAAGGUGAAGCUGGCUAACGGCAACCCCAUCCCCUCGGUGCUGCUCGCCAAUAAAUGUGACCAGAAGAAGGAGAGCUCCAACAACACGACGCUAAUGGACAAUUUCUGCAAAGAGACUGGAUUUCUGGGCUGGUUUGAAACAUCUGCUAAGGACAACAUCAACGUGGACGAGGCAGCGCGCUUCCUGGUAGAGAACAUCUUGGCCAACGACAAAGGUUUGCCGUACGAGGAGAGCAACGGUGACCGGAUCAAACUGGACCAGGAGACUGUGGCUGCUGAGAGCAAGUCGGGCUGCUGCUAACACUCGAUCCACUCGCACCACCUCCCUUCGGCAGGGUACAGUGCCCUUGCCCUUCCCCGCGGCUCUCGGCCCUCGACUGCAGCCUCUCACAGGAAUAUGAAUUUUUGGGUCCUCAAAGCUCCGGGUAGUUCUCCUCCCUGCAACGCUGCACAUCCAAGUUUCUGUCCACAUCUCCCCCUAAAGGCCAUAAACAGAAGCCCAGUUUUAUCUGUUGCCUUCACCGUGCUGUUUCCCUCUUCCCCCACCACGUCUCCAAACCACAGGGGUUUUUGAUUAUUGUGUUUAUCUCGUCACAUAUUCUCCUGACUGUGUAUUAUAACGUCAACUAUGAACUCUACUCAACCUUCCACACUUGAACCCUUCAACUCCUGCCAUUGCCCUACAGCCAGUGAAGGAUUGUACGACACCUGUGAAGGGGUGGAAAACUACGCACAACACUGAGAAACACAAAAACAUCCUGUAGCCCCUUUGGUCCAUUUCCUCCCAGCGUCUCUCACUACUAAAACACUUUCAGUCUUUCAUCAGUUAACAUGGAUGUUGCUGCCCCUCGAGAAUCAUCUUACAGCACACUCAUGUUUGUGUGAAAAGCAUCACAGCUUAGUGUUACUGUAGCAUUCGUCAUUGUUGUUGUGAAUUGUUGUCUUUAUGGCGUAUUUUCUCUCAAAUUAUGUGCUAUUAUACACUUUUGUUUUCCCACGUUUUUAAUAUCACGGUUGGUCGCACUUUUCAUUUUUCACUCAAACACUGACAGAUACAGUAUUUCAGAAAAAAAAACCUCUAACGACACUGAGAAAUCUUUAUUUGAUUGUCAACCAGUAAAAAAAAAAAUGUAGAUCUGAUUUACAGUAUGUGUUUUUUGUGCUGAGUCGUGAGAUUGAAAAAAAUCCAACAGAGAACGAUGCUCUCUUGUACAUAUGGAAGGUAAUCUGUUAAAAAGUGUUCGGAUAAAAUAUGAAGGAUUUUUUUUAACAUGGAGAUGAAAUAAAGUUUACAUGUGAAAAAAUACAUAAAAUCUACACAGCAAAGAAGAAUAAACAUUUUAACAGAUUUGUGUUGUGUUGUAGUAAUGAGCCUGUCUAAUCACAUGUUUAUCUAGUUAAUAAAAUGUGUUUAUCCUAUGUAUUUAUAUAAGCAGUAACAAACUAUGUGGAUGAGUAAAUGAUUCCUGAACCAUAUAUUAUACCUAAAUCUCAGUAUUUGGCUCGAAUACAGUA